AUGGACAAGCCGUUGUUAUCUGAGAAGGAGAAGGGAGCUUCGAAAGACUCAUCUUCCCUUCAACCUGAGAAAGUUAAAGAUUACCAAUACGAAGAAGCUUCUUUUAUCAGUAAGUUUAUCUAUGACGUGAUAUUGUUUCUAUUGUCCAAGAUUCUUGGAUGUUUCUUCAGGGAAAUAAGGUCCCGCGGUAGCUUCAAAGUUCCAAGGAAUGGCCCAGUGAUCUUUGUUGCUGCCCCACACGCAAACCAGUUUGUUGAUCCUGUGGUGCUGAUGUCAUUGGCGAAAAAACUGUCUAAUAGAAGGAUAUCAUUCCUGAUCGCUGAGAAAUCAUUGCAGCAUCCAGCUAUUGGUUUUCUGGCUAGAAGAGCAAUGGCAAUUGGUGUUGUGAGAGCACAGGAUAAUUUGGCUACAGCGCAGGGUAAGAUAACUGUUGAUCCAGACAAUUAUAAGAAGAUUAUUGGCCAUGGCACUCAAUUUACCAAGGACUUCAAGCCAAAGGGACUAAUCGGUCUACCAAGGUCUCUAGGUCAUGUUGAAAUCCAAUCGAUUGAGAGUGACACCGAAUUGACUUUAAGAAAGGAGUUUAAGAUGAAUAAAACGGAAGUGAAGCAUAUUUUAACUAAAGGCACUUCAUAUAAGUACGCCGGAAAAGUAGAUCAAUCGGUUGUCUACCAUAGAGUUUUUGAACACUUAGCACACAAUGAGUGCAUUGGUAUUUUCCCUGAGGGAGGUUCUCACGACAGAACGGACUUACUACCACUCAAAGCUGGUGUUGCAAUAAUGGCCCUCGGAUGUAUGGCCCAACAUCCGAAUACAAAUGUGAAAAUUGUUCCUUGUGGUAUGAAUUACUUCCAUCCUCAUAAAUUUAGAUCGAGAGCGGUUGUUGAGUUUGGUGAUCCUAUUGAGAUACCUACUGAGCUAAUCGAAAAAUAUAAAAACCCUUCGACAAAUAAAGAGGCUGUGAAAGAACUAUUGGAUACAAUUUCAGAUGGUUUACAAUCUGUAACUGUAACUUCACAGGAUUAUGAGACAUUGAUGGUUGUUCAAGCUAUGAGAAGACUAUAUUCAGGGCAGUUUCACCAAAAAUUGCCUCUACCUCUUGUUGUUGAGAUGAACAGAAGGUUAGUAAAAGGAUAUGAAACUUUUAAGGAUGAUCCAGAAAUUGUCCAACUGAAAACUGAUAUCAUGGCAUAUAAUGCGCAUUUGAGUCAAUUUAAUUUGCCAGAUCAUCUUGUUGAACACACAAAGAUUAAUGUAGCUAGAAAUCUUGGACUGCUAGUAUUUAGAUCUUUGAGAUUGACUAUAAUGAUAACAUUAUCCUUACCUGGUUUGAUUUUAUUUUCACCGGUAUUUGUUAUUGCUAGGAAGAUAUCAAAUGACAAAAAGAGAGCAGCGUUGGCAAGUUCCACUGUAAAGAUUAAAGCCAAUGACGUUGUAGCAACCUGGAAAAUUUUAAUGAGUAUGGGUGUUGCACCAAUUCUUUAUGUUUUGUGGAGUAGCUUAGCUACUUAUUACUUGAGACACAAAGAUAUUAGUAAGGUUAUAAUAUUUAUUUUGUCUUACUUGGCAUGCGCAAUAGUUACAUAUUCGGCUUUGGUUGUCGGAGAUAUUGGUAUGGACAUUUUUAAGUCAUUGAAGCCUUUAUACAUCUCUAUUACCACACCUCAAGGUCUGAAGAGAUUGCAAGUAGAAAGAAGACAGCUUGCAAAAAGAAUCACUGAGGUCGUUAACAAUUUUGGAUCUGUUUUAUUUCCCGAUUUUGACUACAAAGCUUUGUCUGAAGAGUACGCUGUAGAUGAAGAGGAAGAAGAAAGAAAAACAGCAGAACUAAGGAGAAGAAGAAUAAUCAAGAGACAAAAAGAAAGAGAAAAUGCCAGAGGUAUUUCUGAUAAAAACGAUUAUGAUGACCAAACACAAGAUUCCGAUGCUAUAUCUCUUGUCAAUAGUGAUAACUCGCUUUCAAAUAUUCCAAUAUUCUCAUCUGCAUUGGGAGGUAAAUCUGAGGCCUCUUCAACAUACUCAUUACUGCCUUCAUCGAGCACUGUAUCAGAAUCUGAUGCUGAAAUGGAGCAAGAAUCGAAAGAACCUAGCGCUCUUUCUCAAAAAAUAACUGCAGCCAUGUUCAGUAAGCGAAAUGAAAAUGAAUGA